AUGAACUAUCAAAAGAACAAGAAAAAAAUACCAGAUUUAAUUGUUACUAAGAUCAAAAAUAAUAUUGUAUAUUUUAUUCAUCAACAACUUGGUAAGAAUUCAAAAAAUACUGGACUUCAAGCUGUUUCUCUUACUUGUCCAGAAAUUUCUAAAUGCAUUUUUUGUGAAUCUACUGGAUAUCAAGAAUUGUCCAAAAUUCUUAAUAAUACUAAUUGGGGAAUUAAAGAUCAUUCCCAAAAUCAAAAAACCUAUGUUCAAUUAGUAUCACCAUAUAAUUUAUCUCAAGAACAGCAUCCAUUAAUUCAACGUACUCAAGAAAAAGCAACAAAUAUUACAAUUAAGAAUUUAAAAAAGCAAGUUUGA